AGCCCUCACCCAGCCCUCGGCUCCACCAGCGCGGACAGACGGCCUCUCUUCAGAGAGCAUCACGACACCGGCGCGGUCUGCGGCACGCUAAAAAUACCUUUGCCGUGUUGAAUGUUGAAACUUUUGUCGGGCCGAGUUUCAUCUAAACCCAACGCUUCGUACAGACGAGCGCCGGAUAGAGGCAGCCCUCCAGAGCCCCCGCACACCGUCGUCUUCAGUGGCACAGUUUUGAGCGCAUUUCGGCCGCUAUGUCCGCCAACACGCAGCAGAGCAAGAGCUGCCCCAUUCCCACGCGCGUCCUGCACCUCAAAGACUGGUCCCAGCUCCCAGACUGCUACAGUCAGACCCCUGGAGGGACGCUCUUCUCCACCACGCCGGGGGGAACCCGGAUCAUUUAUGACAGAAAGUUCCUCCUGGACUGCAGGAACUCUCCCAUUGCCCGGACCCCACCCUGUUGUUUGCCCCAGAUUCCUGGGGUGACCAUUCCUUCACACCAUCCAAUGUCCAAACUGCAGGAGCUCAAAGAGGAGUUGGAGGAGGAGAAGGAUCUGACAGCUGAUGACAACCAGUUUGAAAUGGACAUUUGAUUCUACCUCCUGUGGAGAAUACUCUAUUAUAUCUGUCAGGAUGUUGCUGCUUAAUCCACGAUCAGCGGACAUUACAUAUUCAUCAGAUUACGGGGCUUUUUAAUGAGCUAAACACCCAAAGGGUGUCUUUUAUUCUUUUGUUUAAAAGUAUUUGUUAGGUGUUUACCAGAAAGACAAAAAACAUGAUUCUUUGACACAUGACAGUGUUUUAAAGUUCUUUAUUGUACAUAUGGUACUUUCUACUUUUUUUUUUUUUUUUUUUUUUUAAGAAAAUUUAAGCAUUGUGCGGGAGCCAUGGCAAAAUCUCUAAUUUCUGAACUUUAUAUCUCCACAAACAUUGUUGAAUGGUAAAGACCUACUAUAUGCCAAAUGAAUCUGUCGCAUAAGUUUGGUGUUUCACCUGAAAAAAAGCACAUCAGAACAUAAAUGUACACCAUUGUGUGCCCUCAGGGUUUUCCUGGUGUUUCAUUUGCCUGGAUUUCCUCAGGUUUUAUUAUUUGAUGAAAUAAAAUAUGAAAAAAUUGUCAA